AUGGAGUUUCAGAGUCACGGAGGAAUGUGGAUGAGAGGAGAAACCAUUGGCAAAGGGAGUUUCGGUACUGUUUCUUUGGCCAAAGCAAAACACAAGUCCAAGAAGCGUCGGGGACUUUUUCCGCUAUUGAUGGCUGUGAAAUGGGCUGAGGUUUCUCGCUCUGGAACGCUUCAGAAGGAGAGAGAGAUACUCAGUAGGCUUCAAGGAUGCCCUCACAUUCUGCACUGCUAUGGUGAUGAGAUCACUACUGGGAAUGGUGAGUUAACCUAUAAUGUCUUACUGGAGUAUGCCUCCGGAGGAACCCUGUCUUCUCGGAUUAAGGACUCCAGCGGUGGAUUGCCGGAAGCCAAUGUUAGGCGCUACACCCGUUCGAUUCUUCAGGGUCUUCAUCAUAUCCACCGUCAUGGUUACGUUCAUUGCGAUAUCAAGCCUCAGAAUAUUCUGCUCGUGCCAAGCUCGUCUUCUUCUUUGGGCACAAAUCAUAAAGAUUAUGUAGCCAAGAUUGCUGACUUUGGUUCGGCCAAGAAUACCGUACAGGAACAGAGGAAGAGGAAGGGCUUCCAUUCUUUGUCUUUGAGAGGAACCCCUCUCUAUAUGUCGCCUGAAUCCGUUGCAGGGAAGGAACAGGACGCCCCCUCCGAUAUAUGGGCUCUUGGGUGUGUCGUGGUGGAGAUGAUUAGUGGCAAGCCUGCCUGGAAUUGCGAGCCUGAUAUGGAUGUUGAUGAACUUCUGGCCCGGAUUGUCUCCGGCAAGGAAUUGCCUGAAACCCCGAGUGAGUUGUCCAAAGAAGGGAAGGAUUUCUUGAAGAGAUGUUUUGUGAGGACUAGCAUGUUUAGAUGGACUGCUGACAUGCUUUUGCAUCACCCGUUUGUAUCAGAGGAUCCAGAAUUUCCAAACGAUUCAAAGGUUCAAUUGGUGGGUAGUUUUGUGGAAGAACUUGCAUCAGGAGGUCGAAAGAGAAAGAGGAUCAGUGAUUCUGAUCAAUCUUCUUCUUUAUCUGAUGGAUUCGAACCAGUAUCCAAGGCUUUAAUUACUACAAGGCAGCAGGAUUGCUGUUCAAUUAGAAAAUUUGCUGCAGCUUCUUGA